AUGGCCGAACCACCCGCCGUUCCCCCGAGUAGAAAGGAAUACUGCGGCUACUACACCGGCCUUCUAGACUGUCCAACUCUUGUUGGGCGAUCUACCAUAGUAUAUGACAAUGAAGUCUACGAAAAGUUACUUGAUCCUGUUGAAAAGCAUGCUGUUGUUCCGCUGUGGAAUGACUCUGCAGGCCCGCUGCGUCGCAAGAUUCGUGAAGCUGUGAAGGGUGUCGACUGGAACGCCAUCGACAUCUUCCGAUGCGGUUCCACAUCUUUGGGUCAUUGUCAUCUUGUUCGACCCGUCAUACCUUUCGUAUCGAUAGAGCCUGGAUCGAUAACAUGGAUGAGCGGAAGAGCGGUAGCCCUCAAAUACUGCGACAUUCUGCGGGAGCACGGCAUUCACGAUGUCGAAGUCGAAAUCAAAGACGAUCGUUCAACAGCCAAACUUGAGCCGCGUAUUCCGACUCAUGAGGAGGAGAGCUUCGGAAGGCACAAUAUCCAACUCUCUGAGUUCCUGGGGACCAAGAUUGCCUCCUCUCAAUUUCCGACUCGUGAAGGCACCAAGGGUCUAUACUUGCGAGUCCGAAAUACCGAAACCGUUGUUGCUUUGACCUGUCGACAUGUCGUCUUCGGACAAGAGGAAGAGAACGUCGACUUCUGUCGCGACACUAAUAACACCCGAAGUGUUCUUCAACCUGGGAACAAGACGUAUCAAGACAUGAUGGAAAAUCUACACGAAGCCAUCAGUUGGAUAAACUCUUCGCUCAGAUGCUAUAAGUCACCCACCGAGAAACAGCUCGAACACGAAAUGCAUUUUGAAGGCCAAGCAAGAGAGAAGCCUACAGCGAUAUAA